GGCAGCGCAAAGAAGGAAGAGGGCGACGCCACUCCCUAUGGAGGACGGUAAGGAUCAGGCGACCGCGGCGGGCAGUAGCGGCGCCGCUGCAGCACGCGGGCGCCUGUCCACGGAGGUAGCGGUCGCGCAGCCGUCGAAGGACGACGCGCCAGUGCGCGAACCGAAGCCCGAUGACGCCGUCGACGCGAGGGACUACCAGUGCGGCGUGUGCAGUUGCAGACCACGCUGGCUGCAGAGGUUUGCGACGCCGCGCUACUACGCCUUCAUUCUCGCCACUCUGGGCACCUGCCAGGGGGCCUAUCGCAUGUACAUGGUCAGCACACUGACCACGAUGGAGAAGAGAUUCUCGCUGUCAAGUAAACAGACGGGUUUCAUCCUGAUCGGCGACGACGUUAGCCCCAUCCUGGCCAACAUUGGGCUCAUCCUGUUCCUCAAGCGCACCAGCAAGCCCAACUGGAUGUCCGCCGGAAUGAUGUGCUGCUUCAUCGGAACGCUCUUCAACCUGAUGCCUUACGUGGUUUAUGGUCCACGAGAGUCCUUCACGGGGACGUCCAAGAAUAAGACUAUGGACUUUUGCGGCUACGCUGACAAUGCAACAUCGCAGGCAGAAUGCGAGGAGAAAUCGUUUUGGGGGACUUCUGCAGGUCCCAUCAUGUGGUUCUUCUUUGGAAACUUUCUCAACGGACUAGGUACCACGGCCUACUACACCAUCGGUAGCACGUACAUGGAUGACAGUGUUGAGAAAAGUUAUACGGCAGCCUACUUUGGCUACAUCAUGGUCUUUCGUCUGAUCGGGCCAGUCCUAGGUUAUGUCCUCGGAUUUUUCACCCUGAAGUACCCCGAGGACGUCACAAAAAAGUCCCACGUUGAGCCAGGCGACCCUACGUGGAUCGGAGCCUGGUGGCUGGGUUACGCCUUCAUUGCCACGACAAUUUUUCUCAGCACAAUUCCGAUGCUCCUAUUCCCCAAGAAGAUGCAUGCCGGGUCCGAAGCCAACAGGGAGCAAGUGGCAGUCAAAACAAAGCAGGACUCAGGCUUCGCAGAAUUGUGGCGAGGACUUGGAAGGUUGGCGAGGAAUCCCAUCUACAUGUUCAGACUUUUUUAUUCCAUAGCAGGGUAUAUAGUCGCGGGUGGCAUGUCGACCACUGUUUCACGCUACAUGGAGAAGCAGUUCGCAAUUACAGCGUCUUUUUCCAGUCUAAUGACCGGUAUUUCCGGUAUCUUUUCCAACGUGAUCGGCAUCUUCCUGGGCAGCGCGUUCGUGCACUUACUGAAGCCAUCUCCAAGGGCAGUGGGCUUGGAGAUGUCGACCGUGACCAUCUUCAACGCUCUCUUGUAUCUUUUACUCAUGGGCAUCCGCUGCGACUCGAUAAACUACCCGCUAACUCACGCUGGGGCAGACGGGCUUACUAUUCGCAAUGAGUGCAACGAAAAGUGUGAUUGCCCAACGACAGUCUAUAAGCCGGUCUGCGACCAAGCGACACAAACGGAAUACUUCUCAGCAUGCUUUGCCGGCUGCCCGCCCAGCGACGCGAAUGAGACGGAGUUCCAAGAAUGCCAAUGUCUGAGCCCAGCACACCCUGCGCACAAGUACAACAAUCAGACCGUUGCCAAUACAAGAUGCAAGCCUAAUUGCAAAUGCCCCCUUGUGCUGUUUACGGCGCUAUUCUUCCUCGUCAACGUACUUCAAGGAACGACCAUCGUUGGAACAACCCUGCUUCUUCUCAGGUGCGUAAAACCGAAGGACAAAAGCCUUGCAUUCAAUACCUACAUGCUUGCUCUGACCUUGUUCGCUUUCUUGCCGUACCCGGCCAUCUACGGUGCCCUCACAGAUUUCUCGUGCGCCGUCUGGGAGGAGAAGUGCGGCGAAAGCGGAGUGUGCUGGUUAUACGACCUGGACAAAAUGCGUUACCUGAUCGCUGGAUUCUCGUCGCUUAUGACUUUCAUCAGCUUCUUCUUCCUGUGCAUCAUGACGUACUACUGCAAGCUCAUCAAGAACUUUCACGGAGAGAGCACUAAGGUCGAUAAAGCCGGGUCGCGCUAUAAGAGCGACAAUAAGUACAGCACUGUCGUGUACAAGCAGAAGCCCAUCAAGCCUGCAGCGAGCAGCAAGGAGACCAGUGCCGAAGCGCAUGCGCUCGACUCAGAAGCGCCCGCCCCAGAACGAGAAGCGAACGUUCACGAAUCUGAGCCCACCCAGAGCAGCCCACGUGGCAGCCGCAAGCCGAGCGUACAUGGCAAGGAACUCGAGAAGUCAAGCCAAGGCGCGAACAUUGCCACCUGAAUGUUCGAAGUGAACACUCGUUGCAUCGUGUCCUAGUCUUCGGACCCGUUAAAUAUAAACGGUUUUCCAUUCGUGCA